UGGCCUGGCUGACAUACUCUGUGUAGGCUGACAUACUCAGCAAGUUGUUUGUGGAGUGGAUGUCUUUUUUUAUUUCAUACUUUUUGGGUGUGUGAUGUGUGUGCGUGCAUAUCUGCUUUAAGAACAUGGCGCAACCGGCCGCGAUGGUCAAACUGACCACAUAUUUAUCUGUCAUUUUAUGUAUCAUCACCCAUUUUGUGAGGGCCAAAGAUGAAGAUCCUAAACUAUUAGUAAUAACAGUUGCCACAGAAGAGACAGAUGGCUUUAAAAGGUUCAUGAGAUCUGCUAAAGUGUAUGGAAUUGAUGUUGAGGUACUAGGAAUGAAUGAGGAGUGGAAAGGCGGUGAUGUGCGUAUGUAUUCUGGUGGUGGGCACAAAGUCAAUCUCUUGAAAGCAGCCAUGCAGAAACAUUAUGAAGAAAAAAACCUCAUUGUUAUGUUUGUUGACAGUUACGAUGUCAUUUUCAUGGCACACCCUGAAGAAAUACUCAAGAAAUUCUUCAAAACAAAAUCAAAAAUUCUGUUCUCUGCUGAAGGGUUUUGCUGGCCAGAUUCUUCUUUAGCAGAAAAGUAUCCCAAAGUUGAAAAAGGAAAGCGCUUUUUGAAUUCUGGAGACUGUCCUGACUUCUCUUAUACAGGUUUUGUUGGCUACUCCUCAUACAUUUAUGAAGUGGUGACUUCAUCGUCUCUAAAGGAUGAAGAUGAUGAUCAAUUGUUUUACACCAAAGUAUACCUGGAUGAAGAUCUUAGGAAAAAAUGGAUGAUUAAACUUGAUCAUAAAGCUGAGAUAUUUCAAAAUCUGAAUGGUGCAGUAGGUGAUGUUGAACUGCGGUUUUCUGAUGAAGAUAGUUACCUUCACAAUACAGCUUUUGGUACUAAUCCAUUAGUUGUUCAUGGAAAUGGAGCUAGCAAGGCUGCAUUAAACUCAUUAGGAAAUUACCUAGCAAAGUCUUGGAUACCGAAAAAAGGUUGCCUGAGUUGUAAAGAAGAUACCAUAUCUUUAGAGAAAUUUAAGGUUAAGCAAAAGCCUCAUGUUAUUUUAGCUAUCUUUGUGGAACAUCCAACACCAUUUAUCAAAGAAUUCUUUGAUCGAGUGUUGUUACUUGAUUAUCCAAAAGAAAGAAUGGAUCUGUUUAUACACUGCAAUGCUGAAUAUCAUAAGGAUGAUGUGGACAGCUUUUUAGAGUCUCACCAGCACAAAUACAACAGCGUGACUUAUUUAAAAAUUGAAAAUAAUUACAAAGAAGGGCAUGCCCGCAACCUUGGCUUAGAAGAAUGCACAAAAGUAAACUGUGAUUACUAUUUUUCGCUUGAUGCAACUGCCCAAAUAACAAAUCCUGACACCUUACGUCUCUUGAUAGAACAAAACAGGCCUGUGAUUGCUCCUAUGCUGGUAAGACCUAAUAGGUUAUGGUCUAACUUCUGGGGAGCUCUAUCUUCAGAUGGUUUCUAUGCACGAUCUGUAGAUUAUGUCGAUAUUGUCAAACUGAAGCGCAAAGGCGUUUGGAAUGUGCCUUACAUCAAUCAUGCAUACCUUAUUCAAGGAUCUCUCUUGAAAGAACCUGAAAAUUAUCCUUCCUUCAUUAAUGGCCUUCUGGAUCCUGAUAUGGCUUUCUGCAAAAACCUGAGGGACAAAGGAAUAUUCUUUUAUAUUAGCAACCUUGAUCACUUUGGCCAUCUUGUCAACAGUGAAUCUUUUGACACCAGCCAUAAGCACAAUGACUUGUAUGAAAUCUAUACGAAUCAAGUUGACUGGGAAUAUAGAUAUAUUCAUGAAAAUUAUUCCAAAGUGUUAGAACCAAGUUAUAAUGUUGACAUGCCUUGUCCCGAUGUCUACUGGUUUCCUGUUGUCACUCCCAUCUUUUGCAAACAUUUGAUUGAAGAAAUGGAAAAUUUUGGACAGUGGUCUGAUGGAUCCAAUAAGGAUCCUCGCUUGGCAGGAGGAUAUGAAAAUGUUCCUACCAGAGAUAUUCAUAUGAACCAAGUUGGAUUUGAACAGCAAUGGCUGUAUUUCCUCAGAGAAUACAUAAGACCUGUCCAAGAAAAGAUUUUCCUAGGCUACACUCAUGAUCCACCAAAAGCCAUGAUGAAUUUUGUUGUACGAUAUCGCCCAGAUGAACAGCCAUCACUACGUCCUCAUCAUGAUUCUUCAACAUAUACAAUAAACAUUGCCUUAAACACUCCCAAAGUUGAUUAUGAGGGUGGCGGCUGUCGGUUUAUCCGUUACAACUGCAGCGUCACCGACCUGAAGCUGGGCUGGUCACUCAUGCACCCCGGUCGCCUCACUCACUACCACGAAGGGUUGCCUGUGACGAAUGGAACUCGUUACAUCAUGAUAUCCUUCGUAGACCCAUGAUUCCUUUCAAGGGAUUAAAAAAAGAGUUUCUCUGCAGCUUUCUAUUCAUAGCAAAAGCCAACUGCUCUUCUCUCAUGCAAUACCUGUGAGCUUGAUCUAUUCUUCUUAUACCUAUGCAGUUGUCAGUGAAUAGUGCUCAAAAUCAUUGCAUUUAAAAGAUCAAUUUUUACAAAAAUAGCAUUUGGACGUUUUCAAAAGAAAAUUUGACAAAGCUGUAAACAGUUGCUAACUCAUGUUAAGAGAACUUCAAUUUAAAUUGUCAGACAUGAGUUUUUACUACCUUUUCUGUUGUAUUUUUGUGAGGUGUUUUCUUUAGCGUACUCACUCAAGAACUAUCAAGUAUUCAGACAAAAGCUUUUUUAAAGUAUUGAAAAUUCUGCUUUUUGAAUUAUGUGCUGCAGAAGAAUUACCAGAUUUUGAAACUUUUUUAAGUUGUCAUGAAAAACCCAGGAAGGAGGUUUUUGAAGAUGCUCUAUGUGGUACUGCCAGAAACAUAAAAACAUAUACUCAAAAAACAUAUGCAUGAAGCUAAGUGGCUUUAAGGUUAAACUGACAAAAUAAAAAUUGUACUGUUUUUAAUGCUGCGGGAGGCCUUUGUGUAUAUACAUUUAAACAUUAUUUUGUAAUGUUUAGUGAAAUAUUCAUUUAAUUAGUGUGUCCUCAACUGAAAUUUUAAAUUUUUAGCUGCAAAACUUACUUAAUUUUAAACAAUUACCUCGUCGUUUUACUCUUUUUUUUUCAUGUUCAGAUUCCUAUUAUUGCUGGCAAUAAGUGAAAAAAAUAAUGAUAGUUUAAUU